UCUAUCCAAAACCACUCUAGCUAUCCUAUGAGGGGAAAAAAGAAAGAAUACAGAUGGCAUAUAUGUUAGUUAGUGUCCAGCCCCUAUGAAUCCAUUGAUUUUAUGAGUUAGGUUAGUAAUGUGUAAAUAACAGUCUCCAUUCCAAAAUCAGUUUAAUCAUAUUUUUAGAACAACAACAAAAUUGGUGGAGGGUGAUAGAGAAAAAAGAAAGAAAGUGCCAAGUUUGGAUAAAGAGGAGAGGUGGUAAUUGAAGUUGCAAGAAUCAGAAUUCCCCUUACAAACCAAACACAACAUAACACCAACUCAUCAUCAUUCAAAAUUGGAAAAUAGAAAAAACCGCAAAAACAAACAAGCACCAUUAGUCUUCACCUUUUACCAAACUACCCUCAAAACUUGCUCUAAAUUACAACCUCAACCACGCCUUUAAAUUCUCCUCACCAUUCACAAUCACAAACGCUAGAAGAAACACAACAACCCAUUUUCCCUCCCAUUUUCCCUCACUUUCUCUUCGAUUUUCCCGAGAAAAUGAGAGAAAUCCUCCACAUCCAGGGCGGCCAAUGCGGCAACCAGAUCGGCGCAAAAUUCUGGGAGGUCAUCUGCGACGAGCACGGCAUCGACCACACCGGAAAGUACAACGGCGAUUCCGAGCUUCAGCUUGAACGCAUCAAUGUCUACUACAACGAAGCCAGCGGCGGAAGGUACGUUCCACGCGCCGUCCUCAUGGAUCUUGAGCCAGGAACCAUGGAUUCCGUCAGAUCCGGCCCGUUCGGCCAGAUCUUCCGCCCUGACAACUUCGUCUUCGGGCAAUCCGGUGCCGGAAACAACUGGGCCAAAGGGCAUUACACCGAAGGCGCUGAACUCAUCGAUUCCGUCUUGGAUGUUGUGAGGAAAGAGGCUGAGAAUUGCGAUUGCUUGCAGGGAUUUCAGGUGUGUCAUUCUCUGGGAGGUGGAACUGGGUCUGGAAUGGGAACGCUUCUCAUCUCGAAGAUUCGGGAGGAGUAUCCGGAUCGUAUGAUGUUGACGUUUUCUGUGUUUCCUUCGCCGAAGGUGUCUGAUACUGUGGUGGAGCCGUACAAUGCGACUCUCUCCGUGCAUCAGCUUGUUGAGAAUGCUGAUGAAUGUAUGGUAUUGGACAAUGAGGCUCUCUAUGAUAUCUGCUUCCGUACCUUGAAGCUUAAUACACCAACUUUUGGUGACCUUAACCACCUCAUUUCUGCUACCAUGAGUGGAGUUACUUGUUGUCUACGUUUCCCUGGGCAGCUGAACUCUGACCUUCGAAAGCUUGCUGUCAAUCUCAUCCCAUUCCCUCGUCUCCACUUCUUCAUGGUUGGGUUUGCACCCUUGACCUCAAGAGGAUCCCAGCAGUACCGCAACUUGACUGUGCCUGAAUUGACUCAGCAGAUGUGGGAUGCUAAGAACAUGAUGUGUGCUGCCGAUCCACGCCACGGCCGAUACUUGACUGCUUCAGCAAUGUUCCGUGGUAAGAUGAGCACCAAGGAAGUGGAUGAGCAGAUGAUUAAUGUGCAGAACAAGAACUCUUCUUACUUUGUUGAGUGGAUCCCUAACAACGUCAAGUCUAGCGUGUGUGACAUCCCACCCAAGGGUCUGAAGAUGGCAUCCACUUUCAUCGGGAACUCAACAUCAAUUCAGGAGAUGUUCAGGAGAGUCAGCGAGCAGUUCACAGCUAUGUUCAGGCGCAAGGCUUUCUUGCACUGGUACACCGGUGAGGGAAUGGAUGAAAUGGAGUUCACCGAGGCUGAGAGCAACAUGAAUGAUUUGGUGGCUGAGUACCAGCAAUACCAGGAUGCUACUGCUGAUGAUGAGGAGUAUGAGGAGGAAGAGGAGGAGCUUGGUGCUUGAGUUGUCAAGGUUCUUUCAAAUUGCAAUAUGAAUGGGUUUUAGCGAGUUUUAAAUUGUGCAGCAUUCAAAAUUGUUUAUGUGGUGUUUGUAUGAAUUGAGGGUCAUUGUAUAAGCUGGGUUUUGUGGACAAAGCUUCUGCUAUUAAGCCAUUGGAUGUUUUACUAGGUAGAUGACUAUUUACUUC